AUGAUGAAAGCAGAGGCCAAAGCUAAAUACCCAGAUUUCUACUCCAAGGUGACUCCCACUGACACCUCAUCAAACCGAAAACCUAGACCGAUCCCAACACUCAGUGAUGAGCAGCUCGAGCGGCUCAUGAAGCUGCGAAUCAAAGACUAUGCGCGAGCGAGUAUGAAGGAAUCAAUCCUGCAGGACAUACGGUCAAUUUUCAAUUACUACGAGCAUCUCAACUGGUUGACCUACAGGGAUACUACCACUUCAACCCACCUUGCCCUGCAGCACCAGCUGAGAAUCCUGGCGGACGAAAUGCGCGAGCUGGAGGCCGAAGAGGCGGCGAACUUGGAGGAGACACAGGAGAUCUGGAGAAGGGCUGGUUAG